CUCUUGAUCAGUUAGUUUGUGGACAUCAAAGUGUAAAGAUCAUAGAAAAUGUUUUUCAAAGUUUUAAUUUUAUCAAUUGCAAUUUUUUCAAUUUCUCUGUGCCUCGACGAGAAUGAAGCAGGAACAACUCACAAAUGCAGGAAUCGCCGUGCAGAUUUCAAAAUUUUCGACAAAAGUUAUUUCGUGAAUGUCUACUUGCAUGACAUUAGUCAGCCAGUUUCAUGGUCAAAAGCACGAGCAGCAUGUCAAUCAUAUUGCACAGACUUAAUGUCAAUAAAUUACGAAGAAGAAUUCAUUGUCAUGAAAGAUGUGAUGGAGCAGCUGCAACUCGACUAUUUUUGGACAUCCGGACAUGUUUGUGAGCAGGAUCAAUGUAAUGAUGAGUCGUAUCCAAUAAAUAUAAAUGGAUGGCUAUGGUUAGACUCAAAUGAACGAAUUCCACCGACUAAUGAAACAGCACCUGGAUGGACUUUUAAUCCUUGGUCACAGACCGGUUUUAGAAAAGUUCCACAACCUGAUAAUGCUGAAUUAAGAGUAACAAAUAGAAAUGAGUCAUGCCUUGCUAUUUUACAUAAUGUCUAUAAUGAUGGCAUCAAGUUCCAUGAUGUUGCUUGUUAUCAUGAAAAAGAUUUUAUUUGUGAAUAUUACACUGAUGAUGAAUACUAAUUGAAGUUUAUGGAUAGAUGUUCAAAUAAUUUAAGUAUCUACUUUUAAGCAUUUUUGACUGAUAAUGUGAAUGAUUAUACAUGUACGGUAUCAUACAGGAAGAAUAAAUUUAGCAUCUAAUUUGAAUUGUAAAUUUUUUUUCGAAUGUUCUAGAAGUGAAG